AUGCAAAAAGGUUUCUUUGGUGCUGUACAAAUUGCACACACAAAUUGUAUAGAUAAUACUGGUAAAUUAAUAAAUGCAGCAAAAGAACGAUUAACAGAAAUUCAUGAUGAAUAUGAAGAACGUAAACAACAUUGGAAUCAAAUUGCACUAUUACUUAAUCGUGAUGAUUUAAACAAUUUAAGAUUAUCAACAUCUGUUAUAUAUCGUAACAAAGAUUCUUCUUGUAUUCAUAACUAA